CGUUAACUUCACUUAGCGACAACAGUAACAGAGCGGAGGCGACGCAGCCAUAACGGCACAGAUAUUUUACACUAGCAAAAUGACCGGAAAAGGUCGCCCUGGUGUAAAAUUGAUAGAAGUUAAGCCUGUCGCAGAUGACGGGAGAAAACUUUCUCCACCUAAAAGUAAAAACGACAACGCCGUGGAAAAGAAAACCGAAGUAGACCUUAACAAAUCCAAAUUGUUUACCCUCAAACCACUAGAAAUACCAGAGCACGGGAGACAACUUGCGGAAAUUGACAGUUCAUUUCGGGAGGUUGAACUGACAUAUGCGCAGCAUGUUAAAGAUCUGCCAAUCGCUAAAGAGGAAAAGGUCCAAGACAUUGAGGAAGGCGCAAAUGAAGACGAGAAAGUAAAUGAGAUAAAAAAUGAAAUAACCAAGAAGAGGAAAAGAAUAAAAAAGAACUCAGUUUUACCACUGGAUGUUACGUCAUUGGAUUAUUUAGAAGGAAAACAAGAAGAGCCGAAGGAUAUCGGAGAACCUGACAUCAGGCAUGGCAAGAAGAAGAAAGCGACAAAGAAGGAAAAGAAAAAGAAGAAUAAAAAGAAGAAAGAGAAGGACACGGCUGCACAGGCCAUUGAAACAACAAGGGAACCAGAGCAAGAAAUAGUUGCAAUCCCACCUGAGACUGACGAACAUACAGACGAUAAAAAGAAAACAAGAAAGCUUCCCUGUUGUUUCGGCUUCAUUUCGACAUGGCUUGCCAAAAGAAAGCAGAAAAGAAGAGACAAGAAAAAGAAAGCAAUUGCCGUCAGAUGCAAAACGCCUGAACUUGUUCAAUAUGAACACAAGAAGGCAAAAGGAGGCGAAGCUUUCACCAUUGAGGUUGAUUGUAGACCAAUAAUACAGAAACCACUUCUGCCACCCAUAAAACAGACUGCCGGACCGAUACGCCGAGGAAUAGAUUUGCGUCUUCAGACAGCCGAGGCUAGAAGAGAGGAUGAGUUAGCUAAGAGACGGGAUGCUGUAAGAAAGUAUGAAAGGAAAAAGAUCGAGUGUAAAGAAAGAAAGGCAGACGCUGACUACCACUUCCGGAAAAAGGCAGGCCUUACAGUAAGGUACAAGCAGGCCGAUGCUGAAAGGAACCGCAAUAAUCUUAGCCGCCACGCAACAAUGGCCAGAACUGCAUCUAUCCAAUCAUCAUCCAGCGAAUCUGUGAUCAUCGAAAGUGACCCGGACGCUUUCAAAGUCAGCGAAAAUGAUCCAGACGCUUGGAAAGUCGACGAUGUCGACUGUUUCUCCUACUAAAAUUUUAUGUCUGCGGACUGCCUCCUAUAUAUGUAGACCUUUACAAUAAGCUGGUCACGUGGGCAGGAAGU